UCGACAACAUCAAAAAUACGUGCAGCCUUUCUAGGGUCAAAAACAUGAAACAGAAAUGAAGUUGUGAAGGCGUUGCAUGACAAAAGGAAAGGAAAGGAGGAAAGGAAAGAGCUCGCGACGUGCACAAGGUCUCCCUGUACAAGUAUACGACAAGUCGUAGGAACUGAUUGUGUGUAAAUGAAGUGCGUAAAGCUGGGACGAAGCAACGACGUUGCCUCUGUUGCGAAUCCGUGUGUGCCGUACAUCUUACUGUGAAGGAAUUCGUGAAGCAUUCCUUCGAAAGAUGGCACAAAAAACUGUGUUUCUGAGCUUGCUUGCCCUCGUUGCGAGCAGCGCACCGAAGCAACCAGCAACCAGCUGCAAGACGCCGUCGGAUGAACCUGGUUCCUGUGUACUACGUCACAAAUGUGCAACACUAAGCAGCAUAGAGGAUCCCUCCACGUUACGCCAAUACAUAUGUGGCUAUCGACGCUUGCAACCAAAGUUAUGUUGUCCGCUAGCAUCGCAAGAAGACAAGCCGUUCGACCACCUAGUGACACCUACGCCACCCGUGGGCGAUGUUCCUACCGAUUCCGAACCAAAGGCAACAACUGAAAAGCCUGUUGUUGGCUCCAGGGGAUCGGGAGGCUCUGGUGCCAGCAUUACACCCCUUGGUAACCAUAAGCCACCUCCUGGAUACCCCAGUAAUCUGCCUGCUGGUUGUGGCUUGAGCAACGUGAGCAUAUCCAAGGUCGUAGGUGGGAAGGUGGCUGAUCCUGGCUCAUGGCCGUGGAUGGCUGCCAUAUACCUGAAGACAGACGGCGACCACAAGGUCAGCUGCGGCGGUGCACUUGUCUCCGAACGCCACGUGGUCACAGCUGCACACUGUGUCACCGUGGGUGCCAAAGCAAGAUCGAUACAUCCUCGUUACGUGAGUGUCCGUCUUGGUGACCAUGAUCUGUCUACGCUCGACGACAACACGGCACCCGUCGAUGUAGACGUGGCGUCCAUCGCCAGGCACCCCAGCUACGACCCUCGACGUUUCAGCGGCGACGUCGCUGUUCUUACACUGGCAACGCCCGUCACCUUCAAUGAGUACGUGAGGCCCUUGUGUUUACCUUUCGGACACCUGGAAGGGAAGGACAUUUCUGGCUACCACGGAUUUAUCGUCGGAUGGGGAGCUACAAAAUUUGAGGGCAGCGGCAGUGACGUCCUUCGCGAGGCUCAAGUGCCCAUCUGGGAAGAGGAUAAGUGUCGCAAAGCUUAUGAACGCCAUGUUCCUAUAGUUAAGACACAGCUCUGUGCAGGCGACGGCCUUGGCAAGAAGGACACUUGCCAGGGUGAUUCCGGAGGCCCAUUUGUCCUUCCCCAUGACAGACGCUUCUACAUUGUCGGCGUCGUUUCAUCGGGCAAAGACUGCGCAACACCGGGAUUCCCGGGCAUUUACACUCGAGUGACCAGCUUUCUUGACUGGCUCAAGAACGCACUUGAGUGACCGCAUUGGAUGACCUUCGCAUAUACGCCUCGAUUCCAUUUCGAUGCCACAACGUUUCUGCUUUGCCAAAUAAAGAGUCGCAUUUC